AUGCUAAAUUCACAAGCAGCCGUCGCAUUUGACGGCACAUCAAUGAAAUUCACAGUGAUUUCGGAUAAGAACCUUCUGGAAGGGAUCGAUAUUGGUGAAACGCUCGAUCAAGACGGUAAGAACCUAACCGUUCUACAGCUCUGUCAAUCAGUCGAAGAAGCUGAAGCUGCAUGUGGGCAACGUACUACACAGAUGAAUAGUACCAGAGCGGCCAGUGGAGAUUGCCCGAUUGCCAGAAUUGUAUUUGACGAAAAAGGAGACGCUCUAUCAGAGUGUUCUGUAGAACACUCCGACACGUCGUCACCGACGGAACCAGCCGCGGAAGAAGCAAAGGACGACGAUCCGUUGGGUUCGUUCCUCAUUUUUUUCGCUUGGAGAUAG